AUGGAAAGAACUCUUACAUUUACAGAUGAUGAAUUCCACCAAAAUUCAUAUUGCAAUUCUUUGAAUUCUCAGAUUCAAUGCGGAAAAAAUAAUGGAGAUCAAGGAUAUAGUUGUAAAACCACAGAUAAUAUUAGUUAUCCUCACGAUGAUGAUUGUUUUAGUUAUUUCGAAAAGAAUCUUACAGAUGAUCAGGAUUUCAAGGAGACAUAUUGGGAUUAUAUAAGUUUUGCUUGUAAUGCUAAGAAUGCUGGACGUUGUUACUUUCAAGUAUUUUUUGAUGAUGAUCAAGGUUACGUCACUCGCUGCAAAAAAUAUCUAGAUACCAUCCACACGUAUGAUAUUCAGCCAGUUUCAUUGAAAAGGCCAGAAAAAUUAGAAAAUUAA